AUGCCGCAGCUCGUCUCUGCAAGCAGCAGCCUGGCUGCAACCACACUCCUCCUGCUCCUUUCUGCAGCUGCCGCGGCGGCAGCAGCGCCACUUCAAGCUCAGGCGGGCACGGCCUGCCACAACGACAUCAUCGCCCUGCGGACCACCUGCUACGAGUUCGUCCAGGAGGGUGGUCGGGCGCUGCCGCCGUCGUCCAACUGCUGCGCCACCUUGAUGGGCCUCACCAACGUUCCCUGCGUCUGCGACUACCUUGGCUCCGACUUCGACGUAGACCUGGACAAAGUGUUCUACGUCGGCAGGCACUGCGGAGUCGCCAUCCCCAGGGGCUGCGGAGAUUUAAAGCAGGUCUGA